GAUCCCUGAGGACAUUGGCCAACUUUGACCCGUGCCAUGUUUGUGUUCAGGACUUGGCUGUGCCCCGGAAGGGGAGGCUGUGAGAGAAAAGGCUGGAAAAAUAUUCCCUGUCAGGAAACAUCCCAUUCCCUAUUGGACAAAUCCCACAUGGACAAACACGGUGCUUUUCCACUGGCACUCACUCUCAGGGGGUGCAGGCAGGGCAUUUCCAAGGAGGAAAACCCAGGGAAGCUCCCACGAGUGCAUGACCCCCCGGUCCCGAUGGUUUGGGGGCUCCCACCUCCUCCUGGAGCUCCUGGGCCCCACCUUCUCCACUCGCCGGCUGUUGUUUCCGGCUGGAUCAGAGCCCAGCUAAAUUUAGGAGGAUCGAUUUCCACCCCUGCCUCUGCCCCCUCUGCAGGGGGAAGGACGGAGCAAAGGUGGCCAGGAACGAAGAGCCACAGGGGCUCCACUCCCUGGAACCUGCUUGUGGAACCUCAGAUUCUGUCCGGGUGCGAGGCCAUGGAGGCACCCAGGGAGGCUGGGAUUUUCCUGGGUGAUCCCACGGGUCUCUCUGGCUGUCACUUGGGGCAGAGCUGGUGACAAGGACACCCAUGUGUCCCGCAGGGAAGGAGCUCCCAGCGCUGGAAGCCAGAUCGUUUCCUGAGGAGGCUGACACAGGGCAGCUGCCGAACGAAGCUGGGAGCUGCUGGCGGCUGAGAGACGCUGCAGGCUCUGCAUGGAUGGGCAUGGGGACACCUGCCCGCAGCAGGAGCCCAGGGCAGCUGGGCAGCUCCAGCCUCUUCCUCCGAGCUUUCCUGCUCCUUUUCCUCUGCAGGCACGUCUGUUCCCAGUGCAAGAUCCUCCGCUGCAACUCGGAGUACGUGGCGGCGACGCUGCAGCUGCGGGGCCCCGAGCGCGGCCGCGCCUUCUGCACAGCGCUGCGCUCCUACUCGCUGUGCGCCCGGCGCACCGCCCGCACCUGCCGCGGGGACCUGGCCUUCCACUCCGCCGUGCACGGCAUCGAGGACCUCAUGAUCCAGAACAACUGCUCCAGGGAAGGGCCCACGGCGCCGCCGCGGCCCCGGCCCCCCGCCCCGAACCCCCGCGGCUUCGAGUCGCUCGACAUCUGCGACUACGAGCGGAGCUUCCUCUACAAGCACGGCCGCCCGCCCGGCUUCCAGCACUGCGCUGCCUUCGGGGACCCGCACAUCCGCACCUUCCACCAUGACUUCCACACGUGCCGCGUGGAGGGCUCCUGGCCGCUCUUGGACAACGACUACCUGUUCGUGCAAGCCACCAGCUCGCCGGUGGCCGAGGGCUCCAACGCAACGGUCACCAGCAAGCUGACCAUCAUAUUCAAGAACAUGAAGGAAUGCAUUGACCAGAAGGUCUACCAGGCCGAGCUGGACAACGUCCCGGCGGCUUUCCAGGACGGCUCGGUGAACGGGGGCGCGCGUCCCGGCGGGAGCAGCCUGGCGAUCCGGGAGCGCAGCCCGGGCCGGCACGUGGAGAUCCGCGCCGGCUACAUCGGCACCACCAUCGCCGUGCGCCAGGCCGGCCGCCAGCUCUCCUUCUCCAUCCGCGCCGCCGACGAGGUGGCGCGGGCGUUCGGCGCGGAGCAGGACCUGCAGCUGUGCGUGGGCGGCUGCCCCCGCAGCCAGCGCCUGUCCCGCAGCCCCCGCGGCCGCCUCCCCGCCGACACGGCCCGGGCGCUCUGCCGGGAGGUGCUGCCCGUGGAGGAUCUCUACUUCCAGUCGUGCGUUUUCGACGUGGCCACCUCGGGGGACGCCGACUUCGCCAAGGCAGCGCACGGCGCGCUGGAGGACGCCCGGCUCUUCCUGCCCGAUGCUGAGAAGCUUCACAUCUUCCAGGCUGCGGGGGGCUGCCCGCGCACCUCUCCAGCCUCUCUCCUCCUCCUCCUCCCCUGUGGACUUUGGGCUGUUUUGUCGCACUUUUAAACCCUUGCCUGCUCCGUAGGGAGCCCUGGCUCCAAGCUGCAGCCGGGAGAGAUUCGUCACCUUGAAGGAGGUGUCGCCACAGCCACAAGGAAUCGGAGACCCAGGAGAGGGGAGAGACGAGCCCCUGGUUUGCACCCACUGGUCUCGCAUGCAUGGUGCAGCUGCUCCGAGCUCCUCUCCUGAAGGCAGAUCCGGUUUUUUCUGUUUCAUUCUGACAUGUUCCUUUUCCUCUAAGGAUGUGGCAUUGCAGUGCAUCAAAGAAAAAAUAAACCCCGUGGGUUAGAAACAC